AUGGAUAGCUGCUUCCUUCUCUUCCUCUUCUUCCUUCUCCUCCUGCCAGUGCCCAUCCCUGCCCCCUGCCACACUGCCACCCGGGCAGAGUGUAAGAAGCACCAGAAGUUCAUCCCGGGGUCCCAGCUGGCAGGAGAAGGUGUGGACGUCACCACGCUUCAGCCCACGGGCUUCUUCCCCGUGGAUCUGAAUAAAUAUCUCCGGAAGGAUGGGACUUGCACUCUCUGCCGUAAUGACCAUCAGGGUGGAGAACUCCAGCGCCUGCCUUUGGCCGUCACGGACUGGCUUGCUGAAACGACCAAGUGCCAGAGGGCAGUAGCCAAAUCAAUGGCUCGGUCAGCCAUAGAGGUGGCCUCCUCGGCAGCCAAGAAGAUCCAGAAUAACUGGAAGGCGGACCUGAAUGUGACUCCCAAACCAGGAGCCAACGUCCAGGUGUCGGUGGCCGGAUCCCACUCCAAAGAAGCCAAUUUUGCCGCAGGGAAGUUGCAGGAGGACAAGUAUAUCUUCACCAGUGACACGGUGGAGUGUCGCUACUACAGGUUCCGCCUUAUCCAACUGCCGCCCCUGCAGUUUGAUUUCAAGCGGGCCAUGCACUUUCUGCCUGACAAAUUCACUCCCUCCACUCAAACUGAAUACUUUAAAUUAAUUGCUAACUUCGGCACCCACUUCAUGAGCUCCGUGGAGCUGGGGGGCCGGACCACCGACAUCACCGCCCUGCGCACCUGCAAGCUGACGCUGGACGGGGUCACGGCCGACGAGGUGGCCGACUGCCUGGCAGUGGAAGCCGCCGUGAGUGUGGCUGGCAAGGGGGAAGCCACGGUUGAAGACAAACGGUGCAAGGAGGAGAAUAAAAAGCAUAAUCUCCAGGGAUCCUUCCAUGAGACGUACAACGAGCGGCACGUGGAGGUGGUGGGAGGCCAGCACGAGAGCAUCACUGACAUGAUCUUUGGGGCCACCAGAGAGAUGCAGCAGUUCUCCACCUGGAUGGCCACACUCCCAGCAUCCCCCGGGCUGGUGACCUACUCCCUGAGCCCUCUCCACUUUCUCCUGCACAGAAAUGAUCCCCGCAAGGAAGAGCUGAGGCAGGCUGUGAGUGAGUAUAUUAUCCAGAAGGCGCGGUGGCAAAACUGCACCAGGCCGUGCCCUGUUGGGAAGGUAAAAAGCGCCCAUGACCCCUGUCGCUGUGUGUGCCAUGAGUCAUGGGGCAUGAAUGAGGAAUGCUGUCCCAAGAAUCGGGGACUUGCAAAGUUAGAAGUGAAAAUCAUUAAGGCAAGCGGUUUGUGGGGAGACUAUUUCACCAGCACAGAUGCCUACGUCAAAGUGUUUUUUGGGGGACAUGAACAGAGGACCCCCACGAUAUGGAAUAACAACAACCCAGUUUGGCAGACCAAUAUAGAUUUUGGGCCUGUUCAGCUGAACUCGGGGGGACCCCUCAGGGUGCAGGUAUGGGACGCUGACAACGGCUGGGAUGAUGAUCUCCUGGGUACUUGUGACCGGACUCCCCAUGAAGGGGCUUCGAAGAUUCAGGAGUGCUACCUCAACCACGGGUCGGUGUCUUUCCAGUAUGACGUGACCUGUGCACCCCACCUGCGGGGGUCAACGUGCCAGGACUAUGCCCAACAGGGCCUUCUGGGAAAGCCAGUAGGAAACAGAAGUGGGGAGGUAUGGUGAAGGCCAGCCAGGACCCCUACGGUCUGGAGCACAGAGCAGGG